AUGUCGAAACACACAGGCACCGGAGUAGAGCAAGACAAGAAGCGAAGAAGAAAGCACAGCAAGAGUGCCUCUGCUGGCAAGGAAGAGCGACCAAUUACUUCGAAGAAAGCGCCGCCAGCUGUUUCUGCGCCAGAACCAGCAAAGAAGCGAAGGAAGACAUCUCACUCGAGCGACGAAAAUGAAGACGAGGUUGACCUUCAAGAUGGACUGGUGGCAGUGCAGAAACCCAACAGUGAAGUUGAGGAAAGUGAAGACAGCAUAGUGGAAGAAGACGAAGACCAGCAGCACAUUGAGAUUCCAAAAGAGAAAGAACAAGAAAACGACGACGCUGGUUCAGAGCUCGAACAAACAGCCGACCUCGAAAGUGGUGGCAUUCAGCUCACUUCUGCCAGCGACCUACCCACCGAUGGUGCUCCUUCACUACCAGGUACUGAGUUUGUCCCGCAGAAAUUCACAGAGCUCAAACUAGCCGAGAAAACUGCAAGAGCCAUAGAGGAGAUGAAAUUCGAAACAAUGACUGAGAUUCAGCAAAGAGCUAUACCGCCUGCCAUGGCAGGUCGAGAUAUUCUAGGUGCUGCGAAAACUGGUUCGGGCAAGACUUUGGCCUUCCUAAUACCAGCCAUUGAGAUGCUCUCAGCACUUCGCUACAAGCCUCGUAAUGGUACAGGUGUCGUCGUCGUUUCUCCUACUCGAGAAUUGGCCCUGCAAAUCUUUGGCGUAGCUCGCGAGCUCAUGCAAUUCCACUCACAGACUUUUGGCAUAGUGAUAGGUGGCGCAAACAGAAGAGCUGAGGCAGACAAGUUGCAAAAAGGUGUCAAUCUACUGAUUGCGACUCCGGGUCGGCUGCUGGAUCAUUUGCAGAACACACCAGGUUUCGUUUUUAAGAACUGCAGGGCUCUUGUCAUUGAUGAGGCUGACCGAAUUCUUGAGGUCGGUUUCGAGGACGAAAUGCGUCAGAUCAUUCGCAUCCUGCCCAAAGAGCAUAGGCAAACGAUGCUCUUCUCAGCCACACAAACCACCAAAGUUGAGGAUCUAGCACGGAUAUCGCUAAAGCCAGGUCCAUUAUACAUCAACGUUGAACAGAAAGCUGAACAUAGCACUGUCAAGGGCCUUGACCAAGGCUACGUGAUCUGUGACUCUGACAAGCGCUUUCUACUACUCUUCUCUUUCCUCAAGCGCAACUUGAAAAAGAAAAUCAUCGUCUUCUUCAGCAGUUGUGCAUGCGUCAAAUAUCACGCCGAACUUCUCAACUACAUCGAUCUGCCUGUCCUUGAUCUGCACGGCAAGCAGAAACAGCAAAAGCGCACAAAUACCUUUUUCGAGUUUUGCAAUGCUAAGCAAGGCACAUUAAUAUGCACAGACGUGGCAGCGAGAGGACUCGAUAUUCCAGCCGUUGAUUGGAUCGUGCAAUUUGAUCCUCCAGAUGACCCACGGGACUACAUUCACAGAGUCGGUCGAACAGCUAGGGGAGCUAACGGGAAAGGACGAUCGUUGAUGUUCCUACAGCCAAAUGAGGUAGGGUUUCUCAGUUACCUCAAGGACGCAAAAGUGCCCAUUGUCGAAUACGAGUUUCCCAUGAAGAAGAUUGUGAAUGUUCAGACCCAGCUGGAGAAGCUGAUAGGACAGAACUAUUAUCUGAACAAGUCCGCCAAAGAUGCAUACCGCUCCUAUCUGCAAGCAUACGCUUCCCACAGUCUACGUUCUGUAUUUGAUGUCAACAAGCUCGAUCUUGUAAAGGUCUCCAAAUCCUUCGGCUUCCCUGCUCCGCCAAGAGUUGAUAUACAGCUCGGUGCUAGUAUGGCGAGAGACAAGAAGCAGGCAAGAAGAACUUAUGGUAGCCAGCCGCAGCAGGGUAGGAGUGGAGGCAUGAAGUUUAAGAGGAAAUGGGACGGUGAUAAUUGA